AGUCGACGGAGGAAGAUUGGACUGUGGGAACCUGGUGCUUUACCUGGAGGAUGAGCGUCCAUUGUCUUCUCGUGGCGGGAGGUAGCGUUCCUGGAAUAUUAGGAAGGUGGCGAUGUUUUCCAUUUCCGUUAGGGUCAUCCUUGGUCCAGGGUCUCCAUAAUUCCUGCUGUCGGAAAAAAUCCACUGCACCUAAGAAGAUUAUUCCCAGUGUUGCUCUUUGUGAUGAAAAUACAAAGAAAUCUGGAAAUGCACUUGACAAGCUCUUCUCUUCAGAGCAGCAGGCUUCCAUCCUGCAGGUGUUGAAUACAGCAUCUAAUAAAGAACUUGAAGCUUUCAAAUUGCUUCGUGGAAGAAAAUCCAUCAAUAUUAUAGAGCACAGAGAGAAGUUUGGGCCAUUUCAGAAUUUGGAGAGUUUAAUGAAUGUGCCCUUGUUUCAGUACAAAACUACCAUUCAAGUUUGUAACUCCAUUCUUUGUCCAGAGACUGAAGGGGAAAAAAGAAAGUUCCAAGACAACCGGCUCUUGAGAAAGCUCAUCAAACCAGAGAUAAAAAGAGAGAGACUUAAGGCAGUUAAUAGUAUCGUAUCCAUUGUUUUUGGAACUAGAAGAAUUGCCUGGGCUCACCUGGAUCGUAAAUUGGCCGUGCUAGACUGGCAGCAAAGUGAGUGUUGCCAGUUGAUGAAAGGAACAUACUUAUCAUCUGUCUAUUUACAAGAGAUUUCUUCAGUCAUUUCAAAGAUGCCUAACGCUGACCUCUAUGUUCUGGAAAAAAUAGGGCUUUCAAUUCAGAACUCCUCUCGGUUUCCUGUAUUGUUACAUUUUCAUAUCAUGGAAGCCAUGCUGUAUGCCUUAUUAAAUAAAACUUUUGUCCAGGAUGGCCAGCACCAGGUACUGAGCAUGAAUCGAAAUGGAGUGGGGAAGCACUUUGAGCUGAUGAUUGGUGACACACGGACUAGUGGAAAAGAACUAGUGAAGCAGUUCCUUUCAGAGUCCGUACUGAAGGAGGAGCCUCGGGUAGUCUUCCCAUCAGAGAAGAUCGUCCACUACAGACAGAUGUUUUCGUCUACUGAACAACAGAGAGCAGAAGAGUUAUAUGAUUCAUUGUUACAAGCCAUUGCCUUCUAUGAAUUAGCAGUUUUUGAUACUGAACCUUAAAAUUCUGAGGUUACUGUAAUGGGCUCUACUGUUAUAUCUAUUAAAUUGUAUUUAUUAUUCUAAAGCUGUAAAACCAACUGUUUUUAACAACCAUGUUUAUGGAGAAGAAAACAUGUUUAUAUUCGGAUGUUUAGGGUCAGACUUUCGGCUGUUGAAUUGUUCACACAAUAAUAGGCCUAGGCAAAUCAAUAAAUAUCUUAGAGGAGA